AUGAGCGCUCUCAUCCAGAUGCGUGAUUCUAAUGUUAAUAAAAUCACUGAUUUGAGUCCUAACGAAGUAUUUCCACGUGAUAAAAUAGAUAUACCAAAUAACAUAGCCUUGGCUGAUCCACUCUUUCACCUUCCGCGACCAGUAGAUGUUCUCAUUGGUUCCGGAACCACUUUAGCUUUGCUGUCAAUUGGACAAAUUAAUCGCUCACAUGAAGAUUGUGAUUUAAUUAUACAGAAAACACAACUUGGUUGGGUUGUAGCGGGGGGAGUCAAUGAGGAUAACAAUACACAACCUGUAUCAUGUCAACUUUGCGAUUUGUCAAAUCAAUUAAUUCGUUUUUGGAUAAUAGAGGACGUUAGUCCUAAAGGGUCUAGAACCUUAGAUGAUUCUCUUUGUGAGACACAUUACCAACUUAACACUACCCGAGAUGCAAGUGGGAGAUAUAUUGUGAAAUUACCCUUCAAAGUCGAGAAUGUAGAUUUUGGUAAUUCUAAACAACAAGCUUAUAAAAGAUUUCUCUCUUUACAGAGAAUAUUAAAUUUAGAUCAGCAACUUAAGAUUGAGUACAAUAAAGUAAUGCAGGAGUACAUCGACCUUAGUCAUAUGGUACUCGUGUCACAUGAUCAAGAGCCGGGCUACUAUUUACCACACCAUCCCGUCAUAAAAACAUCUAGCACUACCACCAAGGUACGCGUUGUAUUCGACGCAUCUGCAAAAUCUGAUAAAGGUAUCUCCUUGAAUAAGGUUCUGCUGACGGGGCAUACUGUACAAGAUAACUUAUUUACUAUUCUAUUACGUUUCCGUAUCUAUGUUUACGCUAUGACUUCUGAUAUUGCUCAAAUGUAUAGACAAAUCCGGGUCCAUCCAAAUCAUCAUAAAUUUCAAAGAAUUUUUCAUUAUCAUAACGACAGAAUUAGCACUUUUGAUUUACAACGAGUCACCUUUGGAGUAUCUGCUGCUCCGUUUUUGGCCACACGUACAGUAAAUCAAUUAGCUGACGACGAACGUCAUAACUUCCCAAACGCCUCGAUUGUACUUAAACGCGAUUUAUAUGUUGAUAAUUUGUUAACUGGGACUAAUUCUUUACCUGAAAUUUUGCAAUUACGUGAUGAAAUAAUUCAAUUAACGUUUGAUUUGGAUUGUGCUAUUAAUGAUGACCCUAUAUCUAAAACUCUUGGUAUUGUCUGGAACUCUUUAACUGAUGAAUUUAUCUAUACUGAUAAUUCACUUGGUUCCUUGAAAAAGAUGACUAAACGAACAAUCUUAUCAGAUAUCGCAAAAAUUUUCGAUCCACUUGGGAUUUUAGGUCCAGUAGUACUUGCUGCCAAAGCGAUGGUACAAGCAUGUUGGAAGGCUAAAGUUCAUUGGGAUGAAGCAGUACCUCAGGAAUUACACACUCGUUGGUGUAAAUUUGCUGAACAACUACCCUUAAUUAGAGAAUUCGCUGUUGAACGUAACAUUGUUAUUCCUAAUGCUAUUAAUAUCGAGAUACACGGGUUUUGUGAUGCUAGUAAAAUAGGCUACGGAGCCUGCUUAUAUGAACGUUCAAUGAACCAACAAGCACAACUACUUUCUAGAUUAUACAAAGAAGCACUUCCUUCGCUUAAUUUCACUUGUAAUAAAAUAGUCUUUUGGUCAGAUUCAACUAUUGUCUUACAAUGGCUUAAACGCUCGCCCCACACUCUUAAAGUCUUUGAAUCAAAUCGAGUUUCUGAAAUACAAUCUCUUGGGAAUGAUGUAGAAUGGCCACAUAUUAGAACUAGUGAUAAUCCUGCUGACUCUUUAUCUCGAGGUCAAUUACCGUCCGAUUUUCUUAAAAACAAAACGUGGUUUGAGGGUCCUACGUGGCUUACACAAGAUCCUAAUACGUGGCCUAUUUCUAUUCAGUCUGUUCCUUCAGAACUACCAGGUUUACGAAAAAACACCUGUCUACUAGCAUCUACCAGUGACCUCUUCCAACGCUUUUCAUCGUAUGCAACACUCAUAAAUUCUUUUUCAUUCAUUUUACGUAUGCUCAAAUCAAGUCCGUUUAAACAUAAACCGCUGAGUGUUGAAGAAAAAUCAAAAACAGAAAUUCGAAUACUUACAUUAAUUCAACAAGAACAAUUCCAUUAUGAAAUAGAACAACUUAAAGAAACUGGAGACACUAAGAAUCUAAGAUUACGUUGUCUAAAUCCUUUUAUUGAUCAAAACGGUUUGUUACGAGUAGGUUGUCGUUUAAAACACGUCCCUAUUUCAUUUUCUACAAAACAUCCCAUUUUACUGCCUUCACAUCACUAUGUUACAGACUUAAUUAUUAGAGAGACACAUAAAAAUGCAUACCACUCUGGUAUCCAAGCAACAUUAUCAAACUUACGUCAUAAAUUCUGGUUACUGGAUGGAAAAGGUCAGAUAAGGCGAGUUGUCAAAAGAUGCGUGGAAUGCAUUAGACAUCGUCCUGUGGUACUUCAAGGGAAGAUGGCUGACCUACCUAGUGCCAGAGUUACAGAAUCAGCCUCGUUUUCUCACGUGAGAGUAGACUAUUUUGGACCUUUAUUCAUAAAGAAACGAAAAUUUAGAAAUCGAACUAAGGUUAAAGUCUAUGGGUGUGUUUUUAUUUGCAUGGCCACUAAGGCGGUCCAUCUUGAGAUUGCUAGUGACCUGACUACGGAUGGCUUCCUGGGAGCUUUCGGACGGUUUAUUGGUCGCCGGGGGGUCCCGUCUCAUGUUUAUUCUGAUAAUGGUACCAAUUUUGUAGGCGCUAAUAAACAAUUACAAGAACUUUAUGCACUUUUUACAUCUAAAUCUCAUCAAAAUUUAGUCACUGAUUAUGCAGUUAGAAAAAACAUUGUUUGGAAAUUUAAUCCGACAUUAUCACCGCAUUUUAGGGGCAUUUGGGAGGCGGCAGUGAAGUCUUUCAAACAUCAUUUUAAGAGGGUGGUGAAAGAUCAACUUCCGACUUUUGAAGAAUUAAAUUCUUUAACUGUACAAAUUGAAGCUAUACUUAACUCUAGACCUUUAUGCACGCUAUCUAGCGAUCCUAAUGAUCCUAUCGCAUUAACACCUGCUCAUAUUUCAAUAGGGUGUCCUCUCACAAUGCUGCCUGAAAAUGAUUUUUCUGAUGUUGCAGACAAUCGUCUAAGCGUAUGGCAAUUCGUCACUAAGGCAAGACAAGACUUUUGGAAGCGCUGGUAUUUGGAAUACCUUCACGAGCUUCAAAUUCGUCAAAAAUGGCAUUCUACUCAAGGAGAAAUCAAACCUAACCAGAUUGUAUUGCUGAUGGACAAAAAUCAACCAUGUAUGCGAUGGGAACUGGGCGUGGUGGUCGAAAUCCACCCUGGAGACGAUGGAGUUACCCGACUAGCAUCUAUCCGAACAUCACGAGGACUUUUCAAACGGAACAUCACUCUAUUAUGUCCAUUACCUAUUAAUACCUAA